AUGGAUCCUUCAGUUGCAAGGCAAAAAUACGUUUAUCCGGAGGGAGAUGUUUAUGACGGCUUUUGGAACAACGAGGGCAAAAAGCACGGGAAAGGUAUUCUGAGCCUAACCGAUGGAUCCAAAUAUGAAGGUAAAUUUUCCGACGGUCUUUUUGAUGGCCACGGCGUACUCAUGUUUCCUGACGGAUCAAAAUAUGAAGGAGAAUUCUCUAAAGGUAAAUAUAAUGGAUAUGGAAUAUACACAAGAUGCGAUGGCAUGAGAUUUGAAGGUCGUUUCAGCGAGGGAAAAGUCAGCGGUCCCGGCCUAAUAACUUUUCCUGAUGGAGGAAAUGGUAGGCCACGUAACGAGGGUGUAUUUGAAGGAACAAAGCUUCUAAGACGAGAAAAGGUUCCAGAGGCAAUCGAGAAAGCACACAAGGCAUGCGAAAGAGCGAGAAAAAUGAAGCUUGACGUCCGCUAA